AGUAGCUGGUCCUGGGAAGCUAACUUGCCAGUGGCACUUGUUAAGUGCUGUUGGAGAAACGGAGAAAAACGUCCAGGUCUUAGGUUCCCGAGCUGCUUAGCCAUUGCUGGGUAUUCCAAGCUAAAGAUGGCUGUGAUGAAUCACCUGAGAGUGAUUCUACAAGUCUCUUCGAGUACAUUGCCAUGGAGAAGGUGCUGGGUUCCGAGGUUGGUGCCACGGAGGUCCUGCAGUCUCUAUACCUGCACAUACAGAACCAGGAACCGAGCCUUACCUCCACUCUGGGAGAACUUGGACCUUGUUCCUGCGGGUGAUCGACAAUCACCCAUCAACAUCCGAUGGAGGGACAGUGUUUAUGACCCUGGCUUAAAACCACUCACCAUUUCUUAUGACCCAGCCACCUGCCUCCACAUCUGGAACAAUGGGUACUCUUUUCUUGUGGAAUUUGAAGAUUCUACAGAUAAAUCAGUGGUCGAGGGGGGGCCCCUGGAACACAACUACCGACUGAAGCAGUUUCAUUUUCAUUGGGGAGCCAUUGAUGCUUGGGGCUCUGAGCACACCGUGGACAGUAAAUGCUACCCAGCAGAGCUGCACUUGGUACAUUGGAACGCAGUCAAAUUUGAAAGUUUUGAGGAUGCAGCACUGGAAGAAAAUGGCUUGGCUGUGAUAGGUGUAUUUUUAAAGCUUGGUAAACAUCAUAAAGAACUACAGAAAUUGGUGGACACUUUGCCAUCAAUUAAGCACAAGGACACCCUGGUGGAAUUUGGAUCAUUUGACCCUUCUUGUCUGAUGCCUACUUGCCCAGAUUACUGGACCUACUCUGGGUCUCUCACUACGCCGCCCCUCUCAGAGUCUGUCACCUGGAUCAUUAAGAAGCAGCCAGUUGAGGUUGACCGUGACCAGCUUGAGCAGUUUCGGACCCUGCUUUUCACUUCUGAGGGAGAGAAAGAGAAAAGAAUGGUGGACAACUUCCGCCCUCUUCAGCCGCUGAUGAAUCGCACAGUCCGCUCAUCCUUCCGCCAUGACUAUGUGCUCAAUAUACAAGUGAAGCCCAAGCCAACAGCCAGCGAAGUCACCCCCUAAGACAGCAUUCUUCAGCAGCAUCUUGUUUUAAUGACUAUUAGCUUAAAAUUUUAACUAGAUUAUUUUAAAACACAGCAUUUAAUAAUACUUAUAUGUAUACAUUUCUAUUUUUUUCUUCCUUUUUUGGGUAACAUUUCAAAAUUCCUACUCUUGUAAAGCAAAGACCGGGAGACAAACGAAGAAAAACAAAAACCUGUACCCAAAUAACGUCAAUCUGAGGUCACCCUUUCUUUCUUUCUUUCUUUCUUUCUUUCUUUCUUUCUUUCUUUCUUUCUUUCUUUCUUCUUUCUUUCUUUCUUUCUUUCUUUCUUUCUUUUUUUUUUUUGAGACAGGGUUUCUCUGUGUAGUCUUGGCUAGCCUGGAACUCACUUUGUAGACCAGGCUGGCCUCGAACUCAGAAAUCCACCUGUCUCUGCCUCCCAAGUGCUGGGAUUAAAGGCGUGCGCCACCACGCUCAGCAGAUUUACUUAUUAUUAUAUGUAAGUAUGAUGUAGCUGUCUUUAGACACACCAGAAGAGGGUGUCAGGUCUCAUUAUGGAUGGUUGUGAGCCACGGUUGCUGGGAAUUGAACUCAGGACUUUCAGAAGAGCAGUCAGUGCUCUUAACUGCUGAGCCAUCUCUCCAGUCCAGAGGUCACCCUUUCUUAUGACAGCGUUAAGGCAGAGGAAUCUGCCAGGCAGUGGUGGCGCACGGCUUUAAUCCCAGCACUUGGGAGGCAGAGACAGGUGGAUUUCUGAGUUCGAGGCCAGCCUGGUCUACAAAGUGAGUUCCAGGACAGCCAGGGCUACACAGAGAAACCCUAUCUCGGGGAAAAAGAAAAAAAAAAGGCAGAGGAAUCUUCAUUAACUGUUAAAUCUCUCUAAUCUAUUUCUCAGACAGUCAGAAAGACAAUUUAGUUUCCUUUUGGUUAAAUGGGGGCUUAAUAUGAGUGCCUGAUCUUGAUUUUUCUGUUUGGGUCUAAUUCAGGAGCUUAGCUCACAACAAGAGGUUCUUGUGAAUUUGAUUUUAAAAUGCCCCCCUUUUGUUCAAACUGGUGAAUUGUCUCACCUUUCAUUGUUGGUCAAGUUCUUAGCUACCAUCAUUUGGAGGUGAAUGGCUCUCAAAGUUUAGGUGUAAACUUCCUGGUUUUAGAGUAUUUCAUGUCUUUUUUAAAAGAGAAGGUCUCAUCUGUGUAGCCCUGGCUGUCCUGGAAAUCACUAUGUAAACCAGUCUAGACUUGAACUCACAGAAGUCUGUCUGUCUUUGCCUCCCAAGUGCUGGGAAUAAAGGCUUGUGCCACCAAGGCCAGCUUUCAUUAUAUUUGCUCUUUGACUGAUAAUAAUAUGUGUCAUUGGAAUAUUAACAGAACAUGCAAGUUGCACUUAUAGCAAUCUGUUAGUAAUUGUGUUUUUAUAUCUGAAAUUGUGUAUGUGUGUGUGUUUUGAGACAGUGUCCCACUCUGUAGUCCAGGCUGGCCUGGAACUCAUAGUUAAACUUUUGUCUCAGUCUCUCAAGUGUACAAGGCACCACACUCAACGAUUAUAUUUGCCUUCCUUGGCUAUCCUUUUUAUUUGUGAAACAAGGUAUCCUUUAGCUCAGGCUGUAUUAGAAGGUGCUGUGUAGCAGGAGCUGCUUUGAAGCUUCAGGUCCUCCUGCUUCCACAUCCCAACUGCUAGCAUUGCAAGUGUGCGCCACUCCGCUCAGCUUCAGCUCUCUUCCAGUGUUCAUAGCUGUGUAGAAUCACAAGUAGGGAUUACAGUCAAACUGUUAAAAACUACCAAUGGUGGUGCUACUUACCACACAAAGCCCAGGCUUCUCAGAAAACGUCUGUGGGAGCCCAGACCAGCAAGUCCGAGCUGAAUGCUGGCCAUAGUUUUAGGUAUAUUUUGUUUCAAAACUUGGGUGUGAAUUUUUGUAUUCAUACUUCUCAAUGAGUAUGUUUAUACUAAUCUUUAGUUGCUAUUACUAGCAUAUGAUAUGUCUACUUAUUAUCAAUUUACUGUAUAGAAAAUACAUUUGGUAGUCAUGGGCUGGCUCAGUGGGUAAAGACACUUGCCAUGUGAACCUAAAGACCUGAGCUUGAUCCCCAGAGCUCACAUAACUAACCCCACCAAAUUGCUGUCUGACCAAGCAUCUUUCAUCCCAUACAUACAACCACAUACACAUUAUAAAUGCACACAAUAAUAAAUAAAACUUUGGGGGACGGUUCAAGACAGGGUUUCUCUGGAUAGCCCUGGCUGUUCUGGAAACUCACUCUGUAGACCAGGCUGGCCUAGAACUCAGAAAUCCACCUGCCUCUGCCUCCCAAGUGCUGACAUUAAAGGUAUGCGCCGCCACUGCCUGAUCUAAAUAAAACUUUAAAAGAAUAAAAAAGAAGCUAUAUUUUGUAA